AUGUUCCCUUCUUCUUUUUUUUUUGAUUUUUUCAAUUCUUUUUUCUUUCUUUUUUUCUUUUUUUUCUUUUUUUUCUUUCUUUCUUUCAUUCUUUCUUUCUUUCUUUCUUUCUUUCUUAUAAACCUUCACUCUUCAAUUCUUUUGUCUUGUCUUUUCUUUCUUUCUUUCUUUCUUUCUUUCUUUCUUUCUUUCUUUCUUUCUUUCUUUGUUUCUUCCUUUCUUCUUAACUCUCUCUCUUUCUUCUUUCGGAUAAGAAUUUCUUCUUCACUGUUGUCUUCUCUUUUCUUUCUUUCUUUCUUUCUUUCUUUCUUUCUUUCUUUCUUUCCAUUAGUGUUAUUUCACUUUACAUUUAUCUAUUUCUUUCUUAUUUUUUCAUUUUAUUUCUCGAUUAGUUUAGUUUGUUUCGUUAUUUCUUUCUCUAUUUCUAUUUUUCUUUUUUCCUUUUGUUUUUCUUUCUUUCUAUUUGUCUUUCUGUUUUCCUUUUUCUCAUUUUCUAUUUUACUUUCUUUUUUUUUCUUAUUCGUUCUUCUAUUUUCCUUUCCGUUAUUCUUUUUCUCUCUUUCUAUUUUUCUGUUUUCUCUCUUUCUAUUUUACUUUCUCUUUUCUUAUUCUUUAUUUCUAUUUUUCCUUCUGUUUUUCUUUUUCUUUCUUUCUAUUUUUCUUUGGGUUUUUCUAUUUUUCUCUCAUUCUGUUUUUCUUUGUUUUUCUUUGUUGUUUCUUUCUAUUUAUUUUUAUUUUUUCUUUUUCUCUUUCUAUUCUCGUUUACCAAUAUUUCAUCUCUCUCUCUCUCUUUACAUUUAUUGUCCUUUUUAUUCGGUCUUUUUCCUCUCAUUUUUUGCCGUCCUUUUAUUUCCUUCAUACUUAUCAUUUUCGCUUAUUUUUUUCUGUUCUUUUAAACACCUAAACCUCUAG